AUGAAAAUCAAUUGCUCAGCUGGUCCAUCUUUCUUUGAAACACAUAGUUGGUGUUACUCUUUGAGUGCAAGAAUGGAGGCGUCGAAACAUGCGACAUUAGAAAAUAUCAUCAAUAGUCUCUCUUCAUCGGAGUUGGCACCUGAACCGACUGAUUCUUUAGCAGUGGCCAUACGUUCAAAUGAACUUCUCAGCAAAAUUGUACAACAAAUGAAGGUGAGCGUUCCUUCCUUUGAUGAUGGAAUGGAGGAACUCGCAGUUGAGCUAUUAAACGUUUCUGAUACUUCUACCAGGGAGGAAAAUAAACUGGAGCUACUGACUGUUUUUUCCAUUAUCAAAAUUAUAAACCAAAUAGAAUCAUUGUUGCCUCAUAUUUCCAAAACAGAAACGGCACACAAGAUUUAUAUAGUUCUCUUAUCUCUGGCCAACCUAUUUAAGUACCAUUUCCAGCUACCAGUAUAUCACAACAACUACGCAUUCAAGAAUUUUGGUAGCUUAAUUGCUUGCUCGCAACUGAAUGUAAUUGACCCUUUCAUAAAGUGUAUGUCAGCUAAAGGAUCUCGGUUACAGGAAUUUAACAAAUCUGAAAACUUAGAAAAGACAUUCACAUUGAUUUGCAUUUUGCAUUGUUUCAAUGAACACUUGUUUUCCUUUUUAAAAUAUUCAAUUGUUGAUGGAACCAUGGGUUCUCGAAUAACAGAAAGUUUUGGUUUGGAAACCUCACCUAGUACUGCCAAAUAUUUAACUGCUAUUCCCAGUCUAUUUGGUAUUAUGCAAAGAUAUAGAAUGUCUUUGCUUCUUGAUGAAUCCACCCUGAGUACAGAUUACAAGGGUACAAAUUUACUCAACAUCAUCUUUUACUCUUCAUUUCAUAUGUCGUUUCUACACGACUUAGUCAAAAAUCUUUCUAAGAUUGGGAAGAUAUUCAAAGAUCCCCUCACCAAGGCGUCAAUGAUAGAAUUGGCAAAUGAAAUGUACAUUUCGAGCUCAUUUAAAGACUAUCUGACAAUAUAUAUCACCAGUGACUUGGGUCUAUUUGCUUCAAUUGAUAGCUUUGUUGGUGAGGAAAAUCCUGACCAACAAUUGAGAGAUAUUUCAAUAUUCGUCCUCUUACAUAUAUCUUCUCAUUUUUUCCUAAAUUAUAGUACUUUCAGAGUAGCUGACAAAGAACUACUAUUGUAUCUCAUUGAAUACAACAACCCAAACUAUUGCUCAAUAUUAGGUGUUUCAUCGGAGGAUUUGCAAUCAAACUUGAACAUAAAUACUUUACUGCCAAUAUUUGAGCUAAUUGAUCAAAAUAUCAAGCUUGAUUAUACAAAAGAACGGGAUUUUCUAAAAACAUUAAAACUAGCUCUUAUUACUUUAGAGUUGAAUUUGGAAACUGAAGACGGCUUCAUGAAUUUGAAUAGUUUAUUAGUUGACGUGGGCUGCUCUAAAAGUAUACAUGCGUUGCUAGCUGUCGCUCAAACACUACUUUGCAUAACCUUAAACAGCAUUAACUUUAACUCAAAUAUGUUUAACCAAAUACCCAAAGGCCUAGUUGGAUCGUUGGGGAUUGAAUAUAUUCCGCCUGUUUACCGAUCAGACAUGUCUUUUGAGAACAACAUCGAUCUACAGUCUUCAAAUUAUGGUUCCUUAUACCACACAUACCAAGAGUUUGAGAACUAUCCAAAGGUUAUCUCCGAUGAUUCUAUAUCCUUGCUUGAACAGUCACUAUUGCUAUUAGUUUCUAUUAAAUCUAGAUCAUUGAGGUUCUUAAAAAAGUUAAAUGCAGAGUCCAAUGUCUUAAGACUACCUGACUUAUUUUCUAGUGAAGUAAAGGACGAAUUUACCUUGAAUCAGUUUAAGCAGGGUAUUUCCACAAGGGUGGGUAGCUUUAAAUCAAACAAAGCGUUGAGCUAUAAGCUCUUAAAUAAAUCAGUAACAUUAGAGUUGACAGCAAAUAUCAGUUUGCUGAUAUUAGGCGAAAACUACAAAUUACCUAAACUAUCAUUCCAGAAAGUCGACAAUUCGAUAUCCAGAUUGCUAAAUGAGUUCACCUUUGAUUUUAUGUUGACAUUCCUAAUAAAUUACCAAGAAUUCGGGCUUCUGAAUUUCUUCAAGUGUAUCAGGGAUUUAUGUCACGAAAAUUUGAGGAUGAUAAUGCCAUCAGCCAUACUAUUGUCCAAACUCUUCCAGGUGAAGCAAGAUAACAAGUUAGAUUCCUCAUCGAAAACACCUGAUUUCUCUUCCUCAAUCGAAUUAAUAGCUGAAAUUCUAUACAACAGUGUCAUAGCUAGCAAUCUACUUCGUCAGUUUGUUGAGUUAUUUGAUGAUGGCCAAUCUAAACCGUUCAAGUCAUUGAAUAAGUUCUUAAAAGCACACCCCUCAACACUCAAGCCAUCCAAAAUUGUAAAAGGUACUACUAUUCUAGACAUUGAUUACUAUAAGCAGGUUCUUUAUUGA